AUGAACAGCAAUUUAGCACACACUGUAGGAGAAAAAGACACUUCCGUUUCCCACAAGUUUAAGAAGUAUUUUGGAUCAAUUAAAAACAGAACAAAAGGCAUGCACAGGAGCGCAAAAGCAGCGAUCAGGUAUCCCUUUAAGAAACUGAGCGCUAUAGUGAAGAUGUGCAGCACAAACCAAAGUGUAUACACUGAAGAGCCCAAGGAAGAAGUUGCCCUCGUCUUGAUUCCUGUGAGAGACAAGCCAGCCACCACAGCUGGAGGUGAGUCUGGCCCUGAGACCCCGCAAAAAUUGGCAGCGUGCAGUGAAAAAGCAAAAGAAAAAGCCCUUAAUCUCAGCGGAAAGAGCAUAAAAAUACUUGAAGAUGCUGAGCUCUUUGUUAAAAAAGUUGAGAACAUCCUGCAAAAGGCUGCGCAUAUGAGAAAUGUCUCCUAUGCCCCGAUUCUCCUCCUUUUCUAUCUUAAGCAAGAGAAGUACAAGAUUUCAAGCGAAUUAGAGCUGGCUGAAAUGAUUUUCCAUACGUCAGAAGAAGAUGUCUUAGAUGGAAAAAGUGAUUUGCAUGAUGAAGUGAUAGAAUAUCUUGUAGCAGAGGGCCUAGAGCCGACAAUCUGCAUGAGCUAUUGGCUCUCUUUUCAAAGAUCGUUGGAGGAGGCGUACACAUCGCUGUACAGAACAGUUUUGGACACAUUGCUUAGUACGGACAAAUGUAGCACAAAAACAAAGAAAAACCUUGUCUUCUACAAUGCCCUGCUAAAACAGGUUAGAGACAUCUUUUCAUUCAAGUUGGCUGAGCUAGAAAAGAUACAGAGCUACGAGCCUUCUGAGUCAGAGGUUUUUUCUGAGCUGGUAGAGCGGUUUCUUCAGUCUAAAAAAGUAGAAGAAUUUCUAAGGGUAAAUGAAGAAAACGAAAUAAGCGGAGACGAAAGAGAAGAUGGAGAAGAAGAAGAAUACGCUUCUAAUUAUACCCAAGAAGACACUCAAGAAGCUCAGCAGGAGACUGAACAGAAAGCUGAAUAUGAGAUUGAUGAUGAAAUUAAUGUAGAAGCUGCCCAAAAUGCCGAGAAUAAUAUUAAUGCAGAAGCUGAGUGCGAGAUCAGUGAUGAAGCCCAGCAAGACAUUGAACAAGAAGCUGUCUACAGUUCUGAAGGCUAUCAGAGCUCUGAAGAUAUAGAUGAAUACGACGGCAGGGUAUACGAUCAUGUGCUGCAUGUCUAUGCAGAUGAUGAAGUUGUAUGCAACAACGACUUGCCAGAUACUGCAGCAAUUAUGAACAACUUAAUGACAAGUCCUCUUUUCAAAAAGCAAAGAGAAAAAAACAUACAAGAGGGCAAUAUAGAGGAAAGAGAUAUUUCCAGCUGCUCUCCAGAAGAGCUGAGAGGAAUAGAUGCAUGCAUUAACUAUAUAAGACACGUUGGUGUUCCUACUCCGAUAGCCAGGGGAAUAAACUUUGAUGAGCCAUAG